CUUGUGUGCUAUCUGAGGGAUCGUCGCUGGACGCCUUUCCUUUUACCAGCUAAAGUUGUCGGCUUCGGCCGUUGCUGCUUCUGUCAGUGGUGUCGGCUUCGGCUGCAACUCCUUCUGCAGGAGUAAUAUCGUCUUCGGCUACUGUGGUUUCUGCCAGAAGUAUCGUCUUCAGUCGGUGCUUCUUCUUCUUGAAUGAUCAUCGUCUAUCCCGACUCUUCUCCAUGAAAUAUACUUUCCCGGAGAAAACGACGACAGUCAAAACUUAGCAAGACCCAGAGACCAGACCUCAGUUGGUCCUGGCCCCCUCGCUUGUAUAGCACCAAGAUCACGGAAAUAGCGACGCUCUGUGGUGCAGAGGACGCCACCUGAGCGAUUGAGAAGUGUAUUGUUCUUCAGGAAGUACGGAGACGUCGUUGUGGAAGCUAGAAAUAACCUUUUCCUUCCUAUUGUUGCCUGAAGAACACUCACACAAGUCCCAGGAGAUGUACCGGACCAGACUCUUCACAACAUAAACUAAUCCUCUGCAGUCGACCACGAUGAAGAGGAUAUAUCUAAUACUCCUGGCGGUAGCUGGGUGCUUAGGGGAACCAAACUCCCCGAGCUUCGAACCCCUGAAGGUGACCACGCCUUCUGAGACGACCACACAGACAGAGAGAGCUGAGGAGAGGAUCGCCAUUGUGGACCUGGCGAGCAAGGAGAAGAAAAUCGAGAAGAGAAAAGCUGACAAGGGCAACAUCCCUCCUCCUCCCUUGUACCAACUGCCGAGUGACUCAGGAUUCUCCGUGUUACCUCUUCCCUUGGAGCCCAUCAGCCUCACCUACCCUCAACCUCAGGGCUCUUCACCCUCUUCCUUAGGCUCGAAUUACGUCGCCCCGUCGCAAGAUAUUUCCCAACCAAGUGGCUCCUACGUGGCCCCAGCGUCGUUAAGUUUUGGAGGCAUCAAUUUUAACAGUGGCAAUUCAGGAUCCUCAGUUAGGGGCCCUAGUAGUGUGUAUUCAUCCGCGCCAACACCUAGUCAACCCUCCCAGGGAUACUCGGCCCCAUCAGUGACGUCAUCAGCACCAAGCCAAUCAUACGGCGGGGUGACUCUGGACUCAUUCAUUGGUAUAUUUGACUCCGACAUCAAUGGGUAUGAUGACGUCAGUGGGGACACAUUCAUCAUUGACGGUAAUGAUAUAGGUCAGAGUUACGAGGAACCAGGACUCUCCUACAAUACUCCCCCGGCAGCGUCCCCUUCAUACAGUGAUCCUUUUAUACCCAGCCCCUACUACAGCGCCCCAAGUGGAGGUUCUGGAGGAGGAGGUAGUGGAGGAGGAUACGGAGGUGGUGGGAGUUCCGAAGGAGGAGUGGAAGUUCUGGAGGAGGAGGAUGGGAGUGGAGGAGGAGGUGGAGGAGGAGGAUACGGAGGUGGUGGAAGUUCUGGAGGAGGAGGUGGAGGAGGUAGUACAUCUUACGGUGCACCACCAUCGCUCAGUACCUCUUAUGGUGCACCACCAGCACCCAGUACAUUUUAUGGUGCACCACCAACAGAACCAAGUACUUCAUAUGGUGCACCGCCAGCACCCACUACUUCGUAUGGUGGUCCUGAGGCUCCAAGUGCAUCAUAUGGUGCACCACCAUCGCCCAGUACCUCUUAUGGUGCACCACCAUCGCCCAGUACCUCUUAUGGUGCACCACCAUCGCCAAGUACCUCUUAUGGUGCACCACCAUCGCCCAGUACCUCUUAUGGUGCACCACCACCAUCGCCCAGUACCUCUUAUGGUGCACCACCUUCGCCCAGUACCUCUUAUGGUGCACCACCAUCGCCAAGUACCUCUUAUGGUGCACCACCAUCGCCAAGUACCUCUUAUGGUGCACCAGCAUCACCCAUUACCUCUUAUGGUGCGCCACCAUCACCAAGUUCAUCUUACGGUGCACCAUCAGCACCCAGUACCUCUUAUGGUGCACCACCAUCAUCAAGUUCAUCGUAUGGUGCACCAUCAGCACCCAGUACCUCUUAUGGUGCACCACCAUCACUCAGUACAUCUUAUGGUGCACCACCAUCACUCAGUACCUCUUAUGGUGCACCAUCAUCUUCUGGGGGCGGCAGCUCUUACAGUUCCAGCUUCAGUGUCUUCCAUUUGGGUGGAGACUCUUCUGAGAGUGGUGGUGGUGGAGGUGGUGGAGGAGGUUAUGGUGGCGACAGUUCUAUCUCUUCGGCUUGUAACCAGAGGAAGCUGUCAUCCUCGCGAGAAAGCAGACUCGUUAUAUCGUGUCCCGUACAAUCUCAGGGUCACCAAGAUUAG